GGCAGCCAUGUUGGACGCGGCCAGCACGGGGGCCGGCACCAGGGGGUUAUCUAAGUAGCUGUCACGAUGCUGGGGUCCCUGGUGUUGAGGAGAACAGCGCCGGCGCCGCGGCUCCUCUUCCAGCUGCUUAGGUCCUCUUCUCUCCGGAGUCAUGGAAGUGCCUCCAGCCCGAGUGUGACCACCGCGGGCCACGGGCAGCCGCAAUGGUUGAGGGCGGCCGUCGGGGGGCGCCCUGAAACAUCGCCAGCCUUCCUCCCCCAUGAAGGGGCAGCCACCUGGGGGCGCCAGGGAGGACUCACCGAGACCUCGUGCCUCGUAGCCGCAACAUCUGGACGCCUUCCUAGCCCAGAAGAAACACUCCCGGGACAGGACAGCUGGAACGGGGUCCCCAGCAGGGCCGGACUGAGCAUAUGGGCCCUGGCCACGGCGCUUGUCGUUCACUGUUACAGCAAGAACCCGUCUAACAAGGAUGCAGCCCUGAUGGAAGCUGCUCGUGCCAACAAUGUCCAAGAAGUCAGCAGGCUCUUGUCGGAAGGUGCAGAUGUUAAUGCAAGGCACAGACUCGGCUGGACGGCACUCAUGGUGGCAGCCAUCAGCCGAAACGACAGUGUGGUGCAGAUCCUGCUUGCUGCUGGUGCUGACCCAAACCUUGGGGAUGAUUUCAGCAGUGUUUAUAAGACUGCCAAGGAGCAGGGAAUCCAUUCUUUGGAAGUCCUGGUAACCCGAGAGGAUGACUUCAACAACCGACUGAACAACCGUGCCAGCUUCAAGGGCUGCACAGCCCUGCACUACGCUGUCCUUGCUGAUGACUACCGCACUGUCAAGGAGCUGCUUGAUGGAGGAGCCAACCCUCUGCAGAGGAAUGAAAUGGGACACACACCCUUGGAUUAUGCCCGAGAAGGGGAGGUGAUGAAGCUUCUGAGGACUUCCGAGGUGAAGUAUCAGGAGAAGCAACGGAAGCGUGAGGCUGAGGAGCGGCGCCGCUUUCCCCUAGAGCAGCGGCUGAAGGAGCAUAUCAUUGGCCAGGAGAGUGCCAUCGCCACAGUGGGUGCUGCAAUCCGGAGGAAGGAGAAUGGCUGGUACGACGAAGAACACCCUCUGGUCUUCCUCUUUUUGGGAUCAUCUGGAAUAGGAAAGACAGAGCUGGCCAAGCAGACAGCCAAAUACAUGCACAAAGAUGCCAAAAAGGGCUUCAUCAGGCUGGACAUGUCUGAGUUCCAAGAGCGGCAUGAGGUAGCCAAGUUUAUCGGGUCCCCACCAGGCUACAUUGGCCACGAGGAGGGCGGCCAGCUGACCAAGAAGCUGAAGCAGUGUCCCAAUGCUGUGGUGCUCUUCGAUGAGGUGGACAAGGCCCAUCCAGACGUGCUCACCAUCAUGCUGCAGCUGUUUGACGAGGGCCGGCUGACAGAUGGAAAAGGGAAGACCAUUGACUGUAAGGACGCCAUCUUCAUCAUGACCUCCAAUGUGGCCAGCGACGAGAUCGCACAGCAUGCACUGCAGCUCAGACAGGAAGCUUUGGAGAUGAGCCGUAACCGUAUCGCGGAAAACCUUGGGGAUGUCCAGAUUAAUGACAAGAUAACCAUCUCAAAGAACUUCAAGGAGAAUGUGAUACGCCCUAUCCUGAAAGCUCACUUUCGGAGGGAUGAGUUUCUGGGAAGAAUCAACGAGAUUGUCUACUUCCUCCCCUUCUGCCACUCGGAGCUCAUCCAACUUGUCAACAAGGAACUGAACUUCUGGGCCAAGAGAGCCAAGCAAAGGCACAACAUCACGCUGCUCUGGGACCGUGAGGUGGCAGAUGUGUUGGUUGACGGCUACAAUGUGCACUAUGGUGCCCGCUCCAUCAAGCAUGAGGUCGAACGCCGUGUGGUGAACCAGCUGGCAGCUGCCUAUGAGCAGGACCUGCUGCCGGGGGGCUGCACUCUGCGCAUCACUGUGGAGGACUCAGACAAACAGCUGCUCAAGAGCCCCGAGCUGCCCUCCUCCCAGGCUGAGAAGCGCCCACCCAAGCUGCGGCUAGAGAUCAUUGACAAGGACAGCAAGACCCGCAAACUGGACAUUCGGGCACCACUACACCCUGAGAAGGUGUGCCACAACCUCUAGCUUCUACCUACCUGCCUUUACAUGCCCUCAACAUCCAAUAAAGGCCCCUCGGCUGUGGCAUGGCAACUGA